AAAAGAUUCAGAAAAAAAAAAGAGCGACGCAAAAUAGCAUGAAAUGAAAUAAUCAACCUUUCGCCCUGUCACAGUUGAACCACACAGCCAUGGACAUCCAAAUUCUCACCUGCUGCGGCAUCUGCGCGCCCUCGGAAGAGGAAGAGCGCCAGCCGCUUCUUCCAGAGUAUGACGACGAGACGGCGAUGCAGGCUGCCCUGCACCAAAAACUUCACACCUACCAGAUGCUGCGUGCCCUGUCCAAGGGUUACAUGCCAUCAAACGACCAGGCGAUAGUCAACCUCCGCACACUGUUGGCGUCGGAGCUGCUCAACCCGCCGGCCGACGACGACGACCUGAGCGACUCUGGGCGUGCCGUGCUGCACUAUUCCAAGCAGACCAUCAAUCACCUCAUGGACUUACUGCAGCACAAGAACGCAAAUGACCAGAUUCAGGACUUUAUCUGGUACCUAUCGCAGGCGAGGAUGUCUGUCGAUAUGGAGGACAUUGUCGAGCGGGCUGGUAGGGCACAGGCGCGGGCCAACACAGCUGCUGCCUACAGCAGUGUCAAGACUGUGGGGUCCUUGCUGUUAACCAACUCUGACUUUCGCAUGUUUCUUUCUGAUCUGGGCACCAUCGGCAAGGAGGUCUUUAGCGACACGGCGAUGAAGCUUUCGAGCGUUUCAAAGGAAGUCGCCAAGCAGAUUGAACCUUCAGCCGAGGAGCAGCAGGCCUUGAAGAAGGAAAGUCAGCUUGACGAGACAAAUGGCAAGCCGUCGGGGUCGGACGAUAGUGCAUCUGAUGACAAGCCUAGCAAAGAGAACCUAGAGAGCGAGGUGGCAUCAGUGACCAAAGCGGUCGCCAACGGAGCUACUGAAGUCGUCGGUGAAGCACAGCACAGUCUGGUUGAUCACCUGCAGAGCGAUGAGAAAGAUGCCCUGUUGAACCGUUUACGCAGGACCGUGGCGAACCUCCGCCAGCGCACCGAUUAUUCGGAUUCCGUGUCGACGUUGUCCCUCCUGCUGAAGCGCUACGCUACGGUCUACUCACACGUCGUUGAAGACACUCUCCGAGCUGCUGAUGAGGACGUCAGCGUCAACAGAGAGACUGAUAAAGCACUGAGGAAUUUCUGGUCGCUGAUCAGGUCCUUUGGCGAGGCCAAGGAAUGGGAUGAGCUUGAAAAACGCUUCAAGGUGGUGUAUGAGCAUGGCCGCAGCGACCCUGAAUUCGACGAGCUGGUCCGCCAGAUUGGAAAUGCUGUGCAGGAGCUGCUCGCGGACCCGACAUUCUUCGAGCACGCCGAGGAGCGUUUCCAGUCGCUUCGCAGCCAGUCAAAACAGCUUGCUACCAGAUCAGCCCUUCGAGACGACGUAGAUGCGCUUCUCGCGCAGCUCCAGUCAACUGUCCAGUCUAUCCUCCGCGAUGCCGACGUUUCGCGACUUUUGACAACAGCAGGCAAGGUCUUGAAAAUUCUCUCGCCCAAGAACCAAUACGUCAACACGGAUCUCGUCACAGACUGCAUCAAUGUUUUUGUACCAAUGCUCGUGCAAGGUAUACAGUACGUGCCUAUCCCGCGUCUCGAAGUCUCUACGCCUGACGUGGAUCUCCUUCUGGAGAACUUGAUUCUCGAGCCGGGCAGGACCGUCAACGGGUCUUCCUUCUUGCCCUACAAGCUCCGUGUCGAGACCAAGAAUGAUCUCGAGAUUCGCAAAACCCGCCUGAACCGCACAGCAUCAGCCGUCCAGUCCAUCGUCACCAUCAAGCUCGACGGGCUGUCGAUUGCAGCCAAAGACGUCGGCUUCUGGCUCCGCGUACACUCUGGCCUGCUUCGAUUCUCGGACGAGGGGAUCGCGUCCUUCAGCCUCGACGAGCGCGGCAUCGAUGUUCACAUCGAGGUGGAGGUGGGCAAGGAGAGGCUGGAAAAGAUACUCACUUUGAGGUCCGUCCGGGUCGUCAUCCACCAGCUCGACUACACGCUGCGCAAGAGCAAGUUUGCCCUGGGCGCCUGGGUCAUGAAGCCCUUCGUCCUGCCCCUGAUGAAGAAGACGCUGGAGCUGCAGAUCGCCACGGCCAUCUCGGACUCGCUCCUCGCCGCCAACCGUGAGCUCCUGUUUGCUCGCGAGCGGCUCCGCGCCACGCGGGUCGCGGAUCCGGACAGCCUUUGGACGUUUGUAAAGGCAGUCGGGGCCAGGCUGGUGCCGGAGGACGAUCCGGAUUUGGACGUCCGCGUCGGUGUGACGGAGCCCGGCAAGGGUGUGUUCAAGGGCGUGUAUGCCCCGGGAAGUCUGGUCAAGUUGUGGAACGAGGAGGCUGUGCGGGCUAAAGACCGCAUCAGGGAGCAGAGUGGCGAUGGCUGGAGGAACGACAUCUUUGACGUGCAGACUGUGCCUACGAUGGGAGAUUCUCCGGGAUUGCUUGGUUGAGUGGGUGUGUAUCUUGGGUGGUUUUUUUUUCAUUUACUGCUAGGAACAACAGUACAGUUUUUGUUUUCGACUCUCAGCGUUUUUGGUAUGUCUAACGAAGUAAAAGUUCUACUGAAGCACAAAGCAUGUAGUUUAUCCAGUGUCAUUAGUCCAAGUUGUUCCAAAUUACCAG